GAUCGUGAGGACAGUGAGGUAAUAAUUGUAUAAUGUAAAACGUUGAAUCUUUAUUUUCCACGACGAAUAGUCACAUGUGAAUAUAUUGCUACAGUCCGAUCCAAAUAAUCAAGCUUUUGUAACACUAAUUAUAAUAAAGUAAACGGUGAUACUGCUAAUCGCGUGAUUGUAUCGCACACAUCGGUGAUGAUAAUCGAAUCGGUGACGAACGAUAUUAUGCGUGUAAGUAGAAAAACCGAGUGCGGGGUAUAUUGAUAAGUGCGCCAAAAAUCUUUAAAAAUUCGUGCGAUGAUAUCGUUGUUCACCUUUUUAGUUCUGCUUAUACAUAUAUACAUUAUAUGUAUAUUCUUCCUCUCGUACGUUUGCGCGCGUGCACUUUUUCUCCCGCUCGCCGAAACCCGGCCUUCCACCGGCGUUACACGACCGUAACGUAACGCGUUUGUGACACGCUCGUUGUCACUCUUUUCUCCGUUGGUCCACCACCGUUUUUCGGUGUUACGAACGUGGAAGGCCGGCUCGACGCGAACGAGUCGUGUCCAUUAUUCGCGACGUACACAAGUUCCCUUUUCUGUCUCACAAACCAUUCAUCUAUUUCGAGACAAGCUUCUCUUCAUUAUCAAUUUAAAACUUAACGACGCGAGCCACGACGCGGUCGACUGUGAAGAAGAAAAAUGUAGACUAGAUUCGGUCUUGGAAAUAGAAUAGACGCUUUCGCCAAACGUUUACAGGCUUGUCAAAGCUGCAUUAAAAUAUAGUCUCGUUAGCCUCGAAGGGGUUGAACUCUAAACGCUAUUUUUCCACGCGUGUGUACGUCGAGGCUUUCUUUCUUCUUCGCGAACGCGCCGAUGGUACUCGGUGAACCGUGAUUCCUUGUAAAUUUCGUCCAGCUCCACGAGCCAAGAAAGAAAAAAAAAGAUGAUGCAUAAUAUCUAUUCUCGACGUUUUCGGGGCGCAAAUCGAGAGAAUCCCGAGGAUUCAGCUCAUUAUUAAAAAGAUUGUGAAAGCCUCUUUACAAGUUCGACCCGGUCUUUUCCGGUGAUUAUCUAAAAAAGUAUGAACCAAAUCGAGACGGAAGAAAUUUUGGAGAGGACCCAGAAGAUCCUCGGGGCCACACGAAUAUCCUCUUCGUUAGUCGCGCUCUCUAAUUCGACGACCAGAAUUUCUAAAGAUUUUUGGGUGUGACGCCAGAGAUUUAGGUGUGACUGAAAGGGAGAUGUUUGGUAAAGGAAACGUAGGGAGAUGUCGUGAGAGGAAAACGAGAGAUUGCCAGACCUCUGCAACGCCGGGAGACAAAAGGAGGAACAGGAGGAGGAGGAGGAGGAGGAGGAAGAGGAGGAGGAGGAUGGUAUCGAGGAUCGUGCGAUUCGAGGUUUCUCCUCGAGGGUAGACACGAGCGCGCGUCUCUUCCGAUCGAUACGUAGUUGCUACGUAACGUGCAUGCACAGUUGCGUUUCCUCAUUUGGACCGUAGCCCCGAGACCCGAACAAUUUAACAGAUAAACACGUGUCCCUCUGAACACUAACGUUAACAACGAUAGCAAUAGACGAUAGACGUAACGAUAAUAAUUGCAUGCGCGAAAUUUCAUUAUCAGAUCACGUAAAUUCUGAUCGGGUGGACUUAGUAAAAUAUGCUCGACACCCUCGUAUACGACACCCUCUUCUCGCGUAAAGAAACAUAAAAAUAAUGAAGAAACUGAGGGGAAUAAACGUGCCAUCUUUGAACGCGCAAUAACGGUUCAAGAUACCAUUUUGGGACGAACCGAUGAAAAAUAGCCGAUAAAUAAAAAAAAAGGAGAAAGGAAAGAUGAAUGAAUUAACGAUAAUAACGAUAAUUGAAACACGCUAACGUUAACAUUAAACGCUAAAAAUUAAUUGCUAUCGAUAAUACUAUCACUAACGAUACUACUAUUAACGAUAACGAUAAAAAAGGAUAUAAUAAUUUUAACAAUAAGGGUAAUAAUUAUUAAUAAAUUAAUAAUAAUAAUGAUACUAAUACUAAUAAUAAUGAUUAGCUAAUAAACGAUGUGUAAUAUCGUGUCCAUUGCCUGUCGCGAGAGGGAAAAUCGAAGCAGAAGAAGAAUAAUAAUAAAACCGGGUACCUACAAAGUGACGUGCCUUUGAGACUCUUCGAAGCAAACGAUCGGUUCGCCGUUUUCGAACCUUAGACAUCCGUUCCGUCGGGACACUCGGCGAGCUUCUCCCGCGGAUGCGUCCGUAUUGCGCGUUUUGUUUUAUCAACGAGAAAGUCUCUCCGCGAUAAUCGAUCCAUCUUCCGGCACCACAGCAUCUGGCAAUCACGUAUCGCUUCUGUAGGAAUCGGGUUACCCUCAAAUUGUUCAAUUACCAUAUUUUAUAUCUUCAUUUUUCUGAGCAUUAAUUAGUAAAUACAGCAGGAAUACAACAGGUUCUUAAUUUGUUUAAAACUUUUUAACAUUGGAAAUCUUGUACGAGCAUUUAUUUUUUAUAUUUUUUAUUUAUGAGAGAUUAAUUAGGGCAUUCGGGAUCGGAGAGUGCAACAAUUUGAAGGUGACCCGAGUAAGAAUCGCGAGUGGGCAAGAACGUGAACGAUCACGUGGGGAGGGAGAGAGAGUGAAUGAAGCGAGUGAGAGUGAGAGACUGGAUCGCGAGGCUACGAGAGAAUAAUCGAGACGAUAACUAAGAUAACGAUCCGCUUGAUGAUAAUCCUUUUUCUUAGCGCGAUAGGGGAGAGCUGCGAAUAAAAGAGAGAAAGAGAGAGAGAGAGAGAAAACAAAAAAACAAAGAAAACAAAGAGAUGCGACGAAUAUUUUGGAACGAUUUAAAUCGACGGGGAGUAGUAGGACGGGUCUUAGGGGGGGAAAAAACAAAAGAGUGAGGAGUUAGAGAAUAAAUUGAAGAAAACAAAAAUAAUAAUGUCCAUGUUGCUAAAUAUUUAGCGGUGAGGUAGUAUCUGCGUAUAGCGCGACGUCUUAUAGUAUAAAGAAAAAUAAAUUAGUAUGUAGAGCGAACGAGGUGAAAUAGAGAGACACCGAGCGUGACUGCGAGUACACGAGUGAAUGUGCGAGCGAAUUUAAGAGCGUGCAAGAGAGAACGGGAGAGAGUGUGAGAAAAAGAGAGAGAGAGAGAGAGGGAGUGAGUAAGGAACGAAGAGUUCCGCGCGGAAACGCGCUUACAUAUGUACACACGAAGAUUUAGGAAUAUCGCAUGUGCAUACAUCCGCAAAGGAAGACAAGUAGACAUACGUACGUAACUAUAUGUAUUGUACAUACAGGGUGAGUCAAUAAUAACUGUCAACUGAAAGAAUACACAUGCUUAUUGUUUGUCUAUUGAUUUGAUCAGAACGUCGUCUCCGAGUGAACGAGACUUCCGUUUAUUGGAAUACGUAAGAUAUUCGUCCGUUCGAUGAUUCCUAUUCGAAGCGUCAAGCGCGUUUUAAUAAAAUCCAUUUGUAACGAGUUACAUUUUGGAUGGCAGUCCUUAAUGACGGUCACUCUGUAUACAGGGCGGUUCCAGCAGGAACAGGAACGAUCAUUCGAGCGCUCAGUUUCGUUACUGCCCUUUGCUUCUACCAAAAACGUGUACAGCAAUGACUUAUGAUAAAUUCAUCUCGACGAGAGUAAAAGUAACUGAAAUGAAAUCAUUCCCAUUCUGUUUCCUUCCGAGGCGCCCUGUAUACGCGUAAGCGAAGAGGAAGACCGCACGCGAGAGACGGGGGAGCGACAGGAAGCAAAGUAAAAUAAUAAUAAUAAUAAUAAUAAUAAUAAUAAAAAGAAAGGCAAGGGAAAGACAAAAGAAGUGAGAAUUCGCGGACACAAACGAAUGAACGAACAAACGAACGUAAAACACGUAAAACACGUAAAACACACGACACACACACGACGCAUGGUAGAGGACAAGAGGACACAAAUUAGUAGAUUUAAACAAUUUUAGGAGAUAGAUUUUUAGGCGAAGUUGUCGAGCCCGUUCCUUCGUAAUUAGAAGUUAUGGUAGCAGUAGAACGAAACAAGCCUGACACGCAUCGAGAACACAAAGCCCGUCGACUCUUACCUAGUGAGUUUAAACGUAGUUAAAAGAAUAAGCUUCGCUCCUGCGGCGGCGAUCCUUUUGUUUCUCGUCGAAAAGAAAAGAGGGAAGGUGCGAGGGAAAGAACGGAAAGACAAGGUCCGCUUGUGGCUUCCACGAACCGUUCAAUCCUCCUCGGCCCAUUCCACGCUUCGCGAUCAUCUCGAUCCUUUUUCUUUUCUCCUCCGCGAACGGAGACGCGAUCGCAGAAUCGAUUUUCGCAAAUAUGACAAAAAUGACGAAACGCGUUCGAACACAACGGCUGGUCGAACUGCGUCGCGUUGAAAAUCGAUUCUCAACAAGAAGAUUGGAUUUUGUUUAAUUAGAACGGGGAGAUGCCUCGGAACGCGAGGAUGGAAUGCGCGACGAGGAGGAAAAAUUCGAUCGGCUCCAAGAGUAACGAACUGGAAAGACGAAGACGAAGAAGGAAACGAAAAGGAGAGGGAGAGAGUACCGUGUCCAUUGUAGUCGCGCGUAAAUUAUUAUGAAUAUUAUCGCAUCAUUACUGAGUAUAUACAUACCUCUUCUGUACAUACAGUUAAACGGCAAGCCAAACAAUAAACGAGUGACGAGUAACGGGAGUUAAUAUACGUACGCAAGCGAAUAAUAAAAUAGAAUAACGACAGGAGGAGAGCACGGAUAUUUGCGAGACGGUGUUGAAACUAUUUUUCCGUGACGCGCUGCUGUAUAAUCGAUUCGUUCGGUUUAAGGACCGACUCGCAUACAUGCACGUAUGUGUGUACGCGAGUCGUUCGCAUAUUAUAUUACAUUAAUUACGCUAUCGCGGCGGCGGUUCCGAUCUGACGAUGUAACACGGUGUGUGAUUUCACGGCACAGCGUGAUCAAAGAGUUAGGCGUAUAUUACGGUUAUUAAAACGCGUUUCGUACGACGAGGAUCGCGGUACAGCGGAGAGCCGGAGUUCACGUGAUCAUUUUUCUCGUUUUAUAAUUGCUCUGUAAUUACCGUUUCGUCGCCUCUACCUAACCACCCAGUCCAGGGCACAGCAAGCUUUUUUCGUUCUCCGGAAACUCUCGGAAGCAUAACAUAGUUUCUAGAUCCUAGGCGUAUAGAAACGAUCAUCCUCCCCUACCGUUUAUCGAAACCAAUGCUCAAACGAUACGCUGUUGGUUUUACAGGGGGGAGAAAAAAAAGAAGAGAAACGAGUGAAUAAACGUGAGAAAGCUUGAGAGAGGAGACCCAAGAAUUUCUUUACCCGUCUGUACCUAUAGGCCUGUAACACGUCGUGUAUGUGCAGUGGAGUAUUAAGGGAAUAAUAAAGAGUACACACUUUUUAUAUGCCUGGCUUUUAACUUUCCAUUUUAUCACAGUCUUUACACAACCGGGUAGAUUACACUGUUUCCGAGUAAAACAGGUCCCUUGGACAUUUUUACACAAUAACACGAGAGGGACAUAAAAACACGAGUUUAAUCGCUAGGAGUGCUUAUCAGCACGCCGGUCAGUUUCGUUGACAAUGCAUCUUCGGUUCACGUAUAAUUGCGUAUAAUUAUUAAAUUGAACGAACCCGAAGCAUUUUUCACGAUCGCACGUAUCGUUCGAUUAGUACAUAAAUUCAGGUGGCAUUACUGAUAGAGAAAAUUGGAGAAAAUCGGUUGGGUGACGAAACGAGGAAAAAUCGCUUCCGAUUUAUACUCACAGAAUUUGACUUUGGAUAAGAAACUGCGAGUUAGAAAACCAGAUGGGCGAUAUAAUAAGGAACUGGAUACAAGCGAGGCUGGGCAUCCUGAUGGAUCUCACGCCGGAAGUGUUCGGUCACUAUACGAGGGACGGUAUCCUCCUCGCUCAGAUUCUCCACACCUACGACAUAAUAACCCGCGACCAACUGGAGACGAUAAUCGUUACCCAGGAUCCCGCCCUGUGCCGGGUCAACCUGAAGCACUUGAGGUUCUGGUUGCGGUUCGUCGGCAUCGAUUGCGGUGAUGAGAGCAUCGAGGAGAUAUCCUGCGGGAAGGGCACCACGUCUCUGCGACUGUUCUAUAAACUGUACCUGGCCCUAGAGACCAAAGACAGGUUGCACUUCAUCACAUUGCAAAAGGAGCGGGAAAGAUUCGUUCCUACGUCGAAGAAAUUCGAAGUGACCAAAGUCUGCGAGGACCCGCCAUCGUAUCAGCCGCCGGAACAUCCCCUGUCGAAGAAGCUGGCCAAAGGUCAGGAGGUCGUCGAAUGGUAUCGAUCCCACGUACCAUCGAUUCUUCAAAAACUGAAGCAGGAACGCGAGAAGCUGGAGAUGGUGGAAGACAUCUCCUUGGUCAAAAUCGCCGAUCAUUGCUUCCCCGAGGUAGCUACGAGAUACAAAGACAUCGGAAGCCUCGCCGCAUAUUAAAAUGGAGCAGAGCAAGGAAUUGGAUCAGUUCGCCGUGAAGCAUCGCGUUCGAGUGAAGA